GGUUUUAAGUUACAACAACUUCUCCAACCUUUCCAGAAAGAAAAAAAAAUGAAGGAGAAGGAAGAAAUCCGGCAAAGUAAUCUACCACAACAGAAUGGAGAAGAAGAAGAAGGAUCCAACAGCUGCAACGAGCCGACCCAAGAAAACAAACAAAACCAGCAAUUGGAGGAGACGAGUGAAGAUCGAGCCCAGCUCGAAAACCAGGCGGUUUCGUUGACGAACCAAGACCCGAUUGUGGAGGCUGAGAAUGGGUGUGGAGAAGAAACGAAGCUGGGAAACCGGGCAGUUUUGUUGCAGAAACCGAAAGCGGCUCCGAAGCAGAACCACAAGAUGAAGCUCACGGUCCCUCAGCCUUUCUCUUUGGCGACGGAGAAGAGAAUGUCCAGAGAGAGGCGCGGAGUAGGACCGGCGCAUUCUAGCCCCAACCUCUCCAAGUCUGCUAGCUUGAACGUCAGGCCCGACCGAAGCUCUGAGCCGAGGCAUGGGGCCGCUCCUUCUCGAUCCACACUCAAACCCGGUGAGCGACCUGAGAAGCGAACCGAGCCUGGUCACAAAAUGAAGGAGAAAGCUCAAACGAAGGAGGUUGAAGUCAAGAAAUCUCAGCCCACAGAUAAGGUGGGCAGUACCGUCCAAGGAGAAGUCGAGAUAAAGAAGCUGGGGAAGAGUUCAACUUUCAAAGCAUCACCAUUGCCAAGUUUCUAUCAUAAGAAAGCUCCUCCAAAACCAGAAUUGAAAAAGAUCCCUUCAAUGCGCCCAAAAUCGCCACCACUCCACCGACGAAGCAAAUCAAUAUCUGAACAAGUAAGCAAUAAAACAGAGACGAUUAACCGAAGUAAGUCAGUAUCCGAACCGGCGAAUGGUAAAACGGAAACAAUUAACAGGAAUUCUUCCAAGGCUACAACCAGCAUUGCCACAAUACCUGAAUCAAGCAACGGUAAAACAAUGGAAAUUAGCAAGAGUGCGACUAGGACUAUCAGCAGCACUGCUAAGGAGGCUAUAAACAGACUGCUGAGAGGAUCUUGGAAGUCUCCAAAGACUGUCCAAAGCAAGGAGUCUUCGGCCAAGGCCCGAAAUUCGUGUGGUGUUGGUGGUGGCUUGGAGAAAGUAGCAGCAGCAACUGCUGAUGAAGGAAAUGGUGUCCUAGUCACCUGAGGAUUGAUGGAAUUCAGUGCUUCAUUUGUGUUUUCUAAGCUCUUUGCUUCUAUGAUGAAAAUGGAUUUGUGUUUUCAUAGAUUGCGAUAUUGUAUUUGGUUGGGAUGUGUUGUCUUGAAUUUGAAACUUUGUUUUGAAUGACUGAUGAAGAUGGUUAGGUAAAAGUGCAAUUCUUUUGGUAGGUUGUUACUGGCUGUAUACGUAUGGACCAUAACUAUUAAAUAUUGAUAAAGAUGUCUUUAUUUAA